AUGAUCCCUUUGCGAGCGUGCAGCAGCUACGACAGCCGCCAUGUGCAACUCUGGGAGACCGAGAUGUACUUCAACCUCCACCCGGCCAUACUGGGAGUGUUGCUGCUGUUCGCCUCGGCGGCCAUUUGGAGCAACGGAAUCGCCGUGGCACCCGGCGAGUUACAGCCACCUGUACAAGGAGCAGCGCCGCCUCACUGGCUGUCGGAGGUCGGCGACAGCUUGAAGCGAGGGUUCACGCGAAAGCGCACAGAGCGGCGGGAUGAACACGGAGCGUACGUGAUGGGCGCCUACGCCGACGUCCGCGUGUCACCACCGGUCGUUCGGUUCCUGGUGGUGGCGAACGGGGAAGAGAAGAGGCGCCACUUCCCGCCCUUCGAAUGCCGCUUCACAUUCAGCAAUUCAACAGACUCCCCAGAUUCGGAAGCUCCAGUGCGUGCCUCGUGGUCGCCCAUCGGACACCAAGGUGGCUUCGAACCGUUGCUCGUCACCUGCCCCACUCGCAGGAACGAUUCGUUGCCGCGCCUGGUGUCUCUAACGUACAUGGGCGCUGACAGCAACGGGUGGCUCCUGCCUCGCAAGGUGGAGCGAGUCCCGAAGCGACCUGGCACCUUUGCGCUGUGCGUCACGGUCGGAGACCAGGGCGAACCCGACCCCAGGACACUCGCCGAGUUUUUCGCCUUCUACGACGUGCUCGGCGCCUCACGAUACGUCUUCUACAUAAGAAGUCCCGGCGCCGGCCUCGACUACCUCUCGGCGCUGCAGCGAAAGUACGGGGAGACCACGUCUACCAAGGACAGGCUGCGCGUGCAUCUGGACGCGGUGCAAGACGACGACGAAGCCGUGACGAGUUGUGUCUACGACCUCAUGACGUCUCCCUUCGAGUACGCGCUCGCGGUCACACCUCGGGAUUUCGUGGUUCCUCGGCGGGACGCCACGAUGAAGGAGUUCAUCCAGCGCAGCCAACACGCCGGAGCCAUGACAUUCCUCAGGUACACCUUCGUCGGUCCCCGUCCUGUGCCUGGCGUCAACGAGUCAUCUUUGAUCAGCCAGUCGAAGGUACUGAGGUCGGCUCACGCGGACCCGCCCGGUAUGACGUCGCGCGCUCUCGUCAGGGUUGCAGACGUGGUGCAGAUGAGCGCGCGCGGAGGGUUCAGCUUGCUGCCGUCUUCGAGCGCGCGUGUUAUGGACCCGCGGCAUGCUAGCGUGUGCAGCUACGUCGAAGACUCCGAGGCUGCGCCGGAGGAGGCGCUCGCGUACGACGACUACAUGCUCGGUUACGGUGACUUCAUGCGCCGUUCUGUGGCUUGGCGACUGCAUACCGAGAGACUUGGUGCCUGA